GCGUUGUCAGUUGACAUUUGAGGUCCGCGGAGGUGUAGUGUGCGCGCCGUGCUCUCUGUGCCUUGAUUCGCGAAAAGUGGAAUGGUUUGCGAACAGAUUGAUGAGGCAAAUUAUUUUAUGUCAAUUUGAUCUUGAUUGAUACACUUGUGUUUAUUUUAUCGGAAACAUCUUUUUCAUAUAGGAGCAAAGUUCGUCAAGUUUUACUCCAACCUGUUGACCGGCCGUCGAACUUCAUUUUGAAUUCAAAUUUGUCUUGGAAUUCACUGCACUGAGGCGAGACGUACCUGGUCGGUGACCCAGGUACCUAUUAAGAUUUGGAGAUUCUCCUUACCCUGAGGGAGCUGUUGGGAGUUGCCACUGGUCAGAGGUUGUCCUGCCACCAUGUCGAUGCACAGUGAUGAGAAUGCUCUGGCGCCCACCUCGGACUCGUUCUGGGAGCCGGGCAACUACAAACGCACCACCAAACGCACUGAGGAUGGCUUCAAGCUCUGUGAUGACCUCAUGAAGCUGGUCCAGGAGCGUGCUGAGAUCGAGAAAGGAUAUGCCAAGAGCCUCAAGUCCUGGAGCAAGAAGUGGAAUGACCUUAUUGAGAAAGGUCCGGAAUACGGCACCACCGAGGCCGCGUGGAAGGGCUCGCUGGUCGAGGCCGAACAGCGCUGCGAGCUGCACCUCAAGGUGCGCGACAACCUGAUGAACGAGGUGCACGCGCGCGUCCGCCAGUGGCAGAAGGAGAACUUCCACAAGACGAUGAUGCAGUCCUUCAAGGAGAAGAAGGACCUGGACGACGCCUUCAAGAAGGCGCAGAAGAGCUGGCAGAAGCUGCUGGAUAAGGUGAACAAGGCCAAGUCGGACUACCACGCGGCGUGCAAGGCGGAGAGGACGGCGCUGAACCAGGAGCGGUACGCGGCCAACGACAGCAGCUUGUCGGCAGAGGCGCUGAAGAAGCAGCAGGAGCGCGUGCAGAAGGCGAAGGAGGACGUGACGCGCACCAAGGACCGCUACGAGAUGGCGCUCAGAGACAUCUCGGAGCAGAACCCGCGCUACAUCGAGGACAUGACACAGGUGUUCAACAAGUGCCAGGACAGGGAGGCCGAGCGGCUGCUCUUCUUCAAAGACACCAUGUUCAUCCUGCAGAAGUGUCUCAACAUCUCGGCAGACCCCAUACUACCACAGAUCUACCGCGAGUUCGAGCACACUAUUGCCAACGCUGACAAGGAGAAGGACCUGCGCUGGUGGAGCAACAACCACGGCGUCAACAUGCCCAUGAACUGGCCGGCGUUCGAGGAAUACAGCGAGGAGUUCCGGGACAUCGCCGCCGCCAAGAGCAAGAAGGGCCUGAUCGCGGACGGCAACAUCACGCUCAUCAACCAGCGGACCGUCAGCGACGACCUGCCCGACUACAACCCGGCGACGCGCAACUCUAAGAAGCCGACGGGCCGGCAGACGAGCCAGACGGGUUCUUCGGACGGUCGGACAGGAACCAGCGACGCCGGCGCCAGCCGCAGCUCGCAGCACAGUAACGGUAACGGUUUUGACGAGCCGGCCGGCGGCCCGUCCGAGUGGGACGAGUACUCGACCGACCUGGUGGACAGCGGCGAGCCGGGGGUGCCCGUGCGAGCCGUCUAUGACUACGAGGGCGUCGAGGCCGACGAGCUCUCCUUCAAAGCCGGCGACACGUUCGACAAGCUGGAGGACGAGGACGAGCAGGGCUGGUGUAAGGGCCGCAAGGACGGCAAGGUGGGCCUCUACCCGGCCAACUACGUAGUGGCCAACUAGGCCGGCUGGGUGCGGAGUACAGCGCCACAGCGCAGUAAACUACAGCGCCGACCGCCGUGCCGCGUCGCCGCCCAGUGGUGACGGGCCCGCUGCAAUCGCAUGGCCAGCAGACUGACAGCUGUGACCCGGCGCGGAAGCCGAGAGACGACCGAAAGUUACGGUAGCCUAGAAUGCCUAGCUAAGGCCGGAUAAUUCAGUGAAAUCGUCAGGCCGGACCUGACGUCAGCUGUCAGCCGAUAAGGCGUGGUUUACAGUGGCUCGAUGAUCGGUCAGUGGUGGCAGUGCAGUGUCGCUGUUCUUCCGGGUCCACAGCCCGUUCGCUGGACCUAAGAGGAAGCGUUCGUGGAUGAUGGCGAUCGCGGUGACCGGGCCAUCAAAGUGAAAGGGUCACACGAACGUGAAAGAGAGUGAGCGAGUGGGCAAUACGAGGGCAUUCCAACCGAGCUGGAGACGUGUGCAGUGGACUGCGUGUGUGCGUGUGCGGCGCAAAAGCCCGCAGAAUGAGUAAUGACUGAGGCGUCUACAUUACUCCGUUGUGAGGAGCGGAGUUAGCGCGCCUGCCGGGCCGCCAUACAGGCCCCCAGUGUAUAUUGCCCAUGUCUUCCGCCUAUGCCUGUUGCCAGUUUGUCACAAUGGAACCCAGAUCAAUUGAUAGAACACGAUGAUUAUUUUGUGUAUGUGUACGUAUCGUCCUAACCUCUGCCGCCCCUUGUGCCUUCCAUUAUCCGACGAACGUCUAUGUGUGUUUGAGAACCCACGUCCUGCCGAUAUAUUAUAUUAUAUAUAUAGUAGUGAAUGCGUCUACCGAAUCCAGCCAGUGCCGUAGCUGUGCCUUUGCCGAGCGAUGCGCGUCGGAUGAGAGCGGGCCUUCUCUGCGGACCAGUGCCGUCCAGCGGCCUUUGAUUGGGAACAUUCCCGUUGUAAUUCCAGCCAGUGGUGUAUGUGUGUGUUGUUUGCGCUGCCCGUGUUGGUGUAUGUCGUGUUACUGUUGUACGUGUUACGCUGUUACGGCCCCUGUUAAGGUGGACUCUCGGGCAGCUGAAGAGAUCAACAGAGGCCGGCUGAACGGCCAUUGUUACUGUGUCGUUAGCGUGUGUCCGAUGGGCGCUGUCCCCGCCGCGGUCCGUGUAUGUAGCCCGCAGGCGGCGCCAUGAUAGGCUACGUGUCACAAAUCUGCCGAUGGGGCCUGGCGCUGGAAGUGGCGACCCCUUCCACCGUGCUUUAAUCGUCAGCGGCGUAUCAUUCCGAGGCGGUGAGAGAGUGAUUGGUCGGUCUGCCGCCGGUCCUGGCCGGGCCGUGUCGGUCUGUCAGGGAUUCAGCUACCGUGAAAGGUGCCUCAGAGGGCGCCGGUCGCACCCGGCAGCGGCGCCUCCGUAAUAUACAAUUGACAGAUGGUGA